UGUAUUCAACAAAGUCAGUGUCGUUGUGUUCGUUUUUGUUUUGAACUGAAGUGUUUUCGGAAAUGGCUCCCGGAAUUUCAACAAUUAAAAGAGGAAGUAUACAAGUUCAAAAAGCGGCGAAAGUUGUAAAUGAGCAAAUUGGAUCUCGACAGCUUUUAGCCGUUUUCAUUAUAACAGGUUUUGUUCUCUGUGGCGUGGUUGAACAAAGCGCUUCAGUUGCUCUCAGAGCAAACAGUACAUCGAGUUAUUCAGCGGCCGAAUUUGCUGAAUAUGUUGAGAACACCAGUUACUUAACCAGAUACUGUCAACCUCCAUCUCAUCAAGACCACAAUAGAACUAAUACAUCAGUGCACGUCGUGAGAUCCAUACCACACAUUGAGAUACCAAUGACGCGAACCGAUAAAACCGAAGCUGUCCUGAGACAAGCGUUCAUGUGGGGUACUCUCGUAUCCCCAUUGGCAGCGAGCCGCAUAGCAGCAAGAGUUGGAGCAGAAAGGUUAUACGGAGCAGGCGUCCUAGGUGCAGGUGUGGUGGCAGUUAUGGUUCCUGCCUCUUGGUUGACAGCUUGCCACGUAGUUAUACGGUUCAUCCAAGGAAUAUUUAUGGGAGCUACUUGGCCGGCAGCCCAUAUGUUAGCAGUAACCUGGAUAAAACCUAAACAUGUCAGUGGUUUCGUUUCUCUGUACACAGCUGUCAACCUGGGAUAUGCAAUCGUGGGUAUCCUAGGGACCCAAUUAGUGCGAAAGCUAGGUCGAGACUGGCUCAGCUACACCAUUGCGCUGAUUUCACUCUUGUGGUAUUUCCUCUGGUGGCGAUUUGUUGAAGAAUCACUGCAUCCAAAUCGUCCCAAGCGAGAUGAACACAGACAUCUUCCUUGGAGAAAACUUCUGAUGUCGAAACCAGCAUGGGCUUGUGGUAUUGCUGUAAUUGGAAGUCAGUGGGCAGAUGCUACACUAAUGUUAGGCAUUACAAAAUACCUGAAAUUAGUCUACGGAUUUUCCAUAGAAUAUGAGGAUAUACUACAGUCUCUGCCACACAUUGGACAUUUUUUUGCUGCAAUCACGUUUGGGAUAGUUGUGGACCACGUGAGAGAGUCAGGACUUGUAUCAACAACUACAUCUAGAAAAUUCUUCGUUUACCUAUCUCAUUUCCCUCCUGCCGCUCUGAUGUUCGUUUUGGGAUAUACUGGUUGUGAUCCUGCGGCUCCUGCUGCUUUGUAUACCGCUGCAUUGGCAAUGACUGGAGCUACACCCGCUGGUGCCUUUGCUAGUGCAGCAGAUAUCGCCCCCAAUUUUGCAGGAACGGUAUUCGGGCUCUGUCAAACUGUGGGAGCUGCAGGAUUAUUGGCAGCGAAUUACGUUGUUGCUGAAGGACUCCACGGCUCGUUUGCUGGAUGGUGGCGUUUAGUAUUUGGCGUUUCAUCUGCAGUUCUUUUAGUCACUGCUACCGUUUUCAUGGUGAUGGGUAGUGGUUCUGUUCAAGACUGGAAUAUUCCUGUAGACGAUGAAUCCGAAAAAGCACCUGUGGAAGAACCAUCUCGACUUGAAUCUGUACUGGAGUGAACACAUUGAAAUGUGUUUGAAAAUAUAUAAGAGAAUAUUGUGCUUCAAUAAAAAUCAAAUUCAAUUAAUACAUUCUCAUUCAAUGAAUAAACUAAACCAAUGAAAACACUAAUAAUGUUUGUUUGAAGGUGAUUCACAAUG